GAUCCUCCGCCUGCUGCUCCAUGUCAUUACAAAAAAUCCUACCAGAGUCGGUCUCGAUGAGCGUCGCAUUUGUGGAUGGGAUCCAAAAUGUGAUUGUUUUGAACAACAAUCUGAAUCUAUUGAUCGGAAUUAUCCUGAAGCUACACUUACACUACAGGAUAUGAGCUUGAAUACUGUCUUUCAUUUGAAUCCGUUCAACGUAACACGUAAAACUUUUGCAAAGCUAGAGCUACAUCACAACAUCUCUUUUCACAUCAUCUCAACAUUCACGUCUUUUGUUUUCCUGCUGAAGCGCAGUAUUGAAACAGCUUUAUCAAGGUCUUACAGUUAAGCAAACACAAACAUCAGCACCAGGUCGAGGUACUAAGAAACAGACCACGAAAUAGAGACAACAUGGUGCGUCUUUGCUCUCGCUCUUUCGUUGCGCUUUGCUCGGCCCUGUCAGCGUUGGGGUUCUUGGCCUGCGUCCAGGGAAAUAAACAACACGUCGCGCAAGAACAUCAACAAGGCAAAGCAGAAGUUGUUGCGGCUUCUCCGAACAAGCACGCCAGCAAGAAGGAGCAGCAGCCGACCGCCGUCGCGGCGGCCGCGCCUGCUGCCUCCGUGAGCACCCACCAGGAGAACAAGCCGGUUGCGGCAGCGGCGAGUCGCCAUGGUCACAAAAACCGUCACUCGGAAACCUCUACCCAAGCGGUGCACCGCCGCCACCGCCGUCAUCACCGCCGGGGACGUAUGGGCAAGAACCUGUUGCGGAUGAAAAAUGGCCUGAAGCGCAGAGGGGGAAAGCUGUUCCAUGGCUUGCGGAGGCGCUUUUCUUCUGCGCGGAAGGGAAACAAGCGGUCUUCGGGUUCUCGGAUGAUGAAGCGGAACAACCGCAGGCGCCACGGCAAGGCCAAGGGGAACAAGCACCACAUCAAGAAGGGAACCAACGGAGGACACGGAGCCGGCAAAGCAGCUGCCGGAAAGGCCCACGAGAUGUUGGCGGCGCCGAUUGGAGCUGCCGCGGUCGAUUCGAAGAACAAAGGCGGCGCUGUUGAGCUGCACCAAGCUGCUCCUGGUGCUAAAGGAGAACUUGAGGCCAACAAGAAGUGAUCAACUGGGGCAGUCACCACGAAUGUUACUGCAUUUCUAUAUUUGAUGUGAGAUUAUGGAGUUGAAACUUGAAGGUUUUGGGGGAUGUAUUAACAUAUCAACGAGGAGGACGUCUAUGGUUUGGGAAGAUCGGGGGAGGUGACGCACUGGCUUUCCAACUACCCGCAAAACUACCUGUUUGUGUUGUAAUAACUAGCUCUAAAAAAAUUGUUGUAGACCGACAGCUGCAAAGUUGAAGCCCUCAACAACAGUUUUUUUUGAACGAGCUUGAUGCAAAGCCAGAGUAGAAGUAUGUAAAUGUAUGAUUUGAUGGACGGAUUCAAGAGCUGUUUAUUUGCUUGUGGAUACUUAAAAUGAAGUACUUCUUCUAAUAUCGCAGCAAAACCACAAGCAAACGGCAACGCUAGACUCUAUCCGUAACACACCAUGCUGUUUGCGUUUCGCAAAAGCAAGCUCGCAAAAGUUUUGGAUCACAAUGAUGGACGUACAUAAGUUGCAAACUGUAACUGUAACUGAAAGACGCAAAAACUGUAAUGGAGGUACCGUUUUGCUUUUGCUGAAAGACGCAAAAAGGAGGAGUGAAAGGCGAAGUGCGUCAAGGAGACGCAGUGGAAAAAGGAACUAAAUGAAGGUAGGUAGUUGUCCAACAUGUUUUAUACUGUAUGAUUUGGUCUUCGUCUUGACUCUGAUCUGAUCGAUGCUCACCUCCACGGAGGGAAAAGAAAGAAGAAGAUAGAAUGACGUGCUGAAUUGAUUCUAGUAUUGUUCCUAGCUGCGUUCAAUCCAGUUUUUGAAUGUUGCUAGAACUACAACUGCUAGGAGAGAUGAAGUUCGUAUUCGUUGAGACGUAUUCUAGACUACCCGACGGGUUGUAUGCAUUCCACUAUUCCUGACAGGUGCUAUGUCAACUGAAGUAAAAAUUCCAGGAGGCUUUCUCCGAGGUUCGGAACGAGCAGAGAUGAAAUCAGCAAAAAACAGUAUCGAACCGGCGGUCGGCGUCGGUGUGUUCAU